AUGGAGCGCUCCAUCUUCGACGCGUUGCGCGUCACGCCCGAGGGCGGCGGCGCCACGGCGACGCUCGUCGGCGCCCUCGACGAGCGCGGCGCGCUGGCCUGGCGCGAGUCCCCGGAGGACGAGGCCGCGGCCCACCUGGCGCGCAAGAAGUGGAUCGUCGCCAUGCUGCGCGACGGCGCGCGCAACGAGGCCUACGCGGCGGCCAUCGCCGGCGCAGCCGAGGCCGUCGCGGCGCGGUUCGGCGGCGGCGCCGUCGCGCUCGAGAUCGGCGCGGGCACGGGCCUCCUGACGCUCAUGCUCUGCGACCAGGCCUUAGGCCACGUCGUCGCGUGCGAGAUGGAGCCGGCGAUGUGCGCGCUCGCGCGGGCCCACCUCGACGCCCACGGCGUCGGGAGCGAGGCCUGCACGCUCGUCAACGCGCGGUCCGACGAGGUGUCGCUGCCGACGCCCGCGGUCCUCGUGGUUUCGGAGCUCGUGGACCACGGCCUGCUGGGCGAGGGCAUGCUGCCGUCGCUGCGCGAGUGCUUCGACUCGGGCACGGUUAGGAGAGACGCCGUCUGCGUGCCGCGCGCGGCGACGGUCUACGCGGCGCUGGUGGCCUGCCCCGCGCUCGCCGCGCGGCGCGGGCCCCGGAACGGGACGGGCGGCGUCGCGUGGCACCGCGACGGCGGCUGCGUCGGCGGCCUCGCGGCGGCGCCCGCGCGCCUCGCGACGCUCGAGGGGUGCGCGCGGCUCACGCCCUGGGCGCCCUGCGCGACCAUCGGCCUGGAGGCGGCGACGAUCCCCGAGCGCGGGCGCCACCGCGCGCCGGCCGUCGCGGUCGUCGCCGACGCGGCCGGCGCGGCGGACGCCGUCGUCUUCUACUGGAGCCUCGACCUGGGCUUCGGUUUGACGACGUCCAACGACCCGGACGGGCCGUACCAGGACCACUGGCUCCAGAUGGCCAUGCCCCUGCCGGCGCGCGUCGACGUCCGAGCGGGCGACGAAAUCGCGCUCACGGCGAUCCACGACGACGAGGCCGUCGUCUUCGACGUGUCGAUCCGCGGCGCGCCCGCCGCCGACGCGGCGGCGCUCUGCUCCUGCGGCUGGCACGUCUGGUGCUCGCACGGGCGCCUCGCGGCCCUCGCGGCCUUCGACGCGGCGCCGCCGCGGCGCGCCUCCGCCGGCGACGCGCGCCCCCGCGUCGACGUCGGCGACUCGGCGCCCGUCGCGCUGGCCGCGGCGGCGGCCGAUGGGUGUCCCCACACGGCCGUGCUCUGCGACGACCGCGACGCGCUGCUCGCGUCGCGGGUCGACGCGCGCGUGGAGAUCGCGCGGUCGCUCGACGACGUCUCCCCGAGGCGCGUCGUCGUCGGCGAACCGUUUUACCACGCGCUCGAGGGCCACCCGCUCGCGACGGCGCUGCGCUUCUGGCGCCGCGCGAACGCGCUGGACGCGGCCGCCGUCGAGCCGAGGGGCGCGACGGUCGUCCUCGAGGCGCUCCGGUCCGACGAGCUCCGGGCCGCGUACGGCCCGCUGCCGGACUCCAUCCUGGACCUGCCCCACGGCGCGGCGGCCGCGGCCUGGCGCGAGGCCGCGGCGACGCUCGUGCCCCUCGACCUCGCGGACUACGCCUACGAGGUCGCGUCCGAGACGGUCCUUUGCGCGUUUGAUUUUGAACGACCCUUCGAGGAUGUCGCGGCGCGCGUCGCGGUCCCGGAUUGUGGUCCCGUCGACGCCUUCGCGCUCGCCGUGCGGUUCCACGGCCGCGGCGCGGACGCAAGGCGCCUCGCGAGGUUCCACGUCGGGGAGCCCGGGGCGACGGACGUUCUUUUCGAGCUCCGCGGCGACGGGUCCUGCGCCUUGGACGUCGUCGCGCGGAAGAAGCGGCCGCGGGAGGAGUAA